CCUUGAAAAGGAGAGCAGCUUUGUAAUCCCCCCUACCCAAAAUACAGAGGAGCAGCACUGAACGAGAGAGACAGACUUCUUCAUAUAAUCAGGCAUGAUAAAGGACUUCCCAUUAAAAAGCAAUAAAGAACAAUUAAGCCCUAUGGGAAGGCGGAAGAAGCGGUAGGAACAGCAGAAGCCUCGAUGGCAGGCAGCUGCCCCAUGGAGACGUGGCGAUAAAAGCAAGAGCCCAUCCUGCAGGGGAUCCUGCCCACCUGGGCACCGCAACCUCUGCCGGGGAGCAUCACCCUACAGCAAGCCACAGCGCGGACAAGUGGGGGCUGUCAGCCACACGCAAUGUGCUGGGUGUUGGUUCUCCGUGGGACUGGGGAGAGGUGGCAGUAGCGUGUGUCUGCAGGAAUGGAUCAGUCCACCUGAAGAGGACUCUAUCCAAACAUUUGCAGUCUCCAAGCGCAUUCUCCUAAAGACUGGCAUUACAACUGCACCUUUUUCACAAUGGCUGAGAAGGCUCCACCAGGGAUCAACAAAAAGUCUUCAAGGUCGACCCUUUCCCUUCCUCCAGAACCAGUGGAGAUCAUUAGGAGCAAAGCUUGCUCACGGAGAGUUAAAAUAAAUGUAGGUGGGAUCAACCAUGAAGUGCUGUGGAGGACUUUGGACAGACUUCCGAGGACACGAUUAGGAAAGCUCAGAGACUGCAAUACUCAUGAAUCUCUGCUGGAAGUAUGUGAUGACUAUAAUCUAAAUGAAAAUGAGUAUUUUUUUGAUCGACACCCAGGGGCUUUCACUUCCAUUUUGAAUUUCUACAGGACAGGGAAACUACAUAUGAUGGAAGAAAUGUGUGCUCUUUCUUUUGGCCAGGAGCUUGAUUACUGGGGGAUUGAUGAGAUAUAUUUAGAGUCUUGCUGCCAGGCAAGAUACCAUCAAAAGAAAGAACAGAUGAAUGAGGAGCUGAGGAGAGAGGCAGAGACAAUGCGAGAGAGAGAAGGGGAAGAGUUUGACAAUACCUGCUGCCCAGAGAAGAGGAAGAAGCUCUGGGACUUGCUGGAGAAGCCCAACUCAUCUGUGGCAGCAAAGAUUUUGGCCAUUGUGUCCAUUCUCUUCAUCGUACUGUCCACUAUUGCUUUGUCUCUUAACACGCUGCCAGAGCUUCAAGAAAUAGAUGAAUUUGGGCAGCCAAAUGACAACCCUCAGCUAGCGCACGUUGAAGCUGUGUGUAUUGCUUGGUUUACCAUGGAGUACCUUCUGCGCUUUCUGUCCUCACCAAACAAGUGGAAGUUCUUCAAGGGGCCGUUAAAUGUCAUUGACUUACUGGCUAUCUUGCCAUACUAUGUCACCAUUUUCCUCACGGAGUCCAAUAAGAGUGUACUGCAGUUCCAAAAUGUCCGACGCGUGGUUCAGAUAUUUCGUAUUAUGAGGAUCCUAAGGAUUCUUAAACUUGCCAGACAUUCAACAGGCCUUCAGUCUUUGGGCUUUACUCUCAGACGGAGUUACAAUGAAUUAGGCUUGUUGAUACUAUUUUUAGCCAUGGGGAUAAUGAUAUUUUCAAGUCUUGUAUUCUUUGCUGAAAAAGAUGAAGACGCCACCAAAUUUACCAGUAUCCCUGCAUCAUUCUGGUGGGCAACGAUCACUAUGACUACUGUAGGAUAUGGUGACAUUUAUCCUAAGACUCUGUUAGGUAAAAUCGUAGGAGGACUUUGCUGUAUUGCUGGAGUGCUGGUUAUAGCCCUGCCUAUACCAAUUAUUGUGAACAAUUUCUCAGAGUUUUACAAGGAGCAGAAAAGACAGGAGAAGGCAAUUAAGAGGAGAGAAGCGCUUGAGCGAGCUAAAAGAAAUGGCAGCAUUGUUUCCAUGAACCUGAAAGAUGCCUUUGCGCGCAGCAUGGAAAUGAUAGAUGUAGCAGUAGAUUCAGGUAAGCCUGGUGAAGCAGCCAACUCAAAGGAGACACCCGAUGACAACCAUCUGUCACCGAGCCGGUGGAAAUGGGCCAGAAGGACAAUGUCUGAAACAAGUUCAAACAAGUCUUAUGAAAACAAAUACCAAGAAGUUAGCCAACAAGACUCCCAUGAGCAAUUAAACAAUGCCGCAGCGUCCUCCAGCCCACAGCACCUCAGUGCUCAGAAGCUGGAGAUGCUAUAUAAUGAAAUCACUAAAACUCAGUCUCAGCCUAAUCUUAAUGCUGGUUACCAAGACCAGUCCACAAAGCCACCUACAUAUGAAGAAGAAAUAGAAAUGGAAGAAGUUACAGGGCAGAGAGACCAGUUGCCGGCUGGACCAACAGACGUCAUCACGGACAUAAGAAGCACAUCUAGUAUCGACAGCUUUGCCAGCUGUGCCACCGACUUCACAGAAACAGAGAGGUCUCCACUUUCUCUCUUUCCUGGCUCUCACUUGCAGAUGAGGUUCCCAAGUGAUUCUGCCAACCCAGAAGACAACCAAAGAGUAAGGAGUUCUCAGUUUAUGCCAUUCACAAAAGACAGAAUGUUUUCUCCAACUGAUAUCACCUUUGACUAUACUCCAAUCGACAGAGCUGUUAUCAGUGAUGGCAGUGGGACCCAGACUGUUUUGCAUGGUCAUUUACAUUUCGACACUGCCAUGGAAAGCCCCAAAAGUUCUCUGAAAGGUAGCAAUCCAUUAAAAUCCAGAUCCCUUAAAGUUAAUUUUAAAGACAGUAGAGGAGGUGCUCCUCAAACUCCACCCAGCACUGCAAGGCCGCUGCCCGUGAUGGCAGGAGCAGACUUUCCCCAGGCCACCCCUCAGCACAUCAGCACCAUUCUCUUGGAGGAAAAUUCACCCCAAGGUGAACGACCUAUACUAGGUGCAGAUGCAGCAGGACUUUGUCAGGGACCUUCCAAAAAAUCAUCCCCUCUGUUUCCCAAACAAAAGAUUUUCACUUUCCCUUCAAAAGAGAGGAGGAGCUUCACUGAGAUAGACACUGGAGAAGAAGAAGAGUUUAUGGAGUUACAUGGUAUAAAACAUGAGAAACAACAGGAUAUUAAAACAAAUUGCUGUGGGGACAAACACAGCGAUGGCAACCAUUUAACAGAGGAGCCACAGGUCAGCUCUUCACCCAAAAGCAUGAGUCACAACUGUACUCAAGACAUUUACCAUGCUGCGGGUGAGGGGAAGAAAGACAGUAACCAAGAAGGCCACAAAAUGGAAAACCAUUUAUUUGCCCCAGAAAUUCAUACAAGUCCAGGAGAAACUGGUUACUGUCCCACACGUGAAACUAGCAUGUGACUAGUUACAAAAGCAAUAAAAAUACUUUUUCUUAAACCGCAGUUAGUAAUGCCUAUGAACUGAAACAUGGAAAGCCUCAAAAAAAAAAAAAAAAAAGUGCAUAAAAUGUUAUUUUUGCAUGGCAUGAAGAGUUCUUUAGUUUAAAUACUGUUUCCUUUAAAAAAAAAAAAAAAAAAAGACUGCUUUUUGUAAGAAACUAAAAAAAAAAAAAAAAAAAAAAAACAGGAAAAAAAAUGACUCGAGAACAGUGAAUAAAAUAAAGGGUGCUCUGCUAAGAGCCAGUGUUCUGCAACAUCUGACAUUUUCGAUCCUUUCGCUUAUGAUUGUAGACAGGUUUUGAACUCUUUUAACUUUUUGGUUCUCUUGGUUACAAAGAAUUGUAGAAUUUGCACAUGAAAGGAUGAAAUGUCAGUGCAUGCAUUGAUAACGAUGUGAAACAAGGUGCUUUGGUCUUGCAAAAUGCAUAUAUUUGUAAAUAGUUGGGGUUGGGGGAGAAGCUACUGGUAAAAAGGAUUUGUGGGAAAAGAAUUUCCUGGGACACAGGUACUUCCUUCACAGCGUGCUGCCUGGAGGUUUUGUACAGACUUAUGUUGCAAAAUUGCAACUUCUACUUAAAGCAUCUCACCUAUCUUGCUUUCUGUUAAAAAGCUCAUGAAUAUAUCUGUUAAUUAAGGGACUACAUUAUCUUAGUUUGUCUGUGCUGUAAAUCGUAGUUUUUUGGGGUUGUUUUUUUUUUUUUUAAUUUGCAUAACUUUUGUUAUUGCAUUUGUCAGUUUAAUUAAUGAUCCUUGAGGAAAAACAAAGAUUUAAUGACCAGAACUUGAGGCAUUUGAUAUUUUUAUAGAAUACUGCCAACAUUUCAUAACUAAGAAAAAAAAAUGUUCCAUUUUAAAUUUAAACAGCAACGACAUAGAAUUCUUUCUGUGGCAAUAAAUAGUGCCAAAUGGCUACCUUCAUCUCAAUCUCUUAAUAUAUUUUAUAUUACAAGAAAUAUUACUCCCAUUCUUUUUUCCGCUGAUUUAAAAUAUUCGCUUCUGUGAUCUUUGAGAACUCUUGAUAAUUCUUCCCCUCUAUCUCCAAAUCCCCUUCUUUACAUACCACACCCAAUACUUUGCUGAUGGCAGUGCUAUUGAAGCAGUUUUCGUGUGAAGACAUAAGGCACAAAUUUGGACUGACAGAUGGUAUUACCUGACGCACCAACUUUGCCUCAACCCAUUCUCCAGUGGCUGUUCCAAAAGCUCAGUAUAUGCUUUUCUCUAUGCAUAGUGAAGGGAAAUGUCAAUGCUUCCACUGACAUCAACCAAACAGCUUUGCUUUCUCUGGUAUUCUCCAGCUUUAUUAAAGAAAAGUGCUGAACCAAAGCCUUCAUUACAAACAGUCUGAAAAAAAAGCUACUAGUUUUUUGUCCAGCACCAAUAGCUUCCUAUGCUACAGUCAUAAUAAUAAUAAAAACCCACAGAUUGUUUCAUUUCCUAAACCAUGAAAAGUUCAUUCAAUUCAUUAAUCCUAAUCAUAAGCAAAAAUGCAGCUACACUAAUGUGCCCUAUGAAAUGCUCUUUUUUUUUAGGAAAUCAGAAUGCAUGUCUUUUUGCUUGCUGUCCUCUGAUUUCUUCUGAAAUUGGAUGCUCCCAACAGCUUUGUCAGUGCAUUAAGUCCAGCCUCACAGCUAACAAAUAGGCAGAAGGCCUGGCAGAGGAGUCCAAUGAGCAUCAAGUCCCUGCUGUUCUAUGGGCUUAUUGCCUGAGUCUGAGCCUCUCGCUUCCCUAUGCACAAAAGGAAGAUAACUGCUUCUCUCAGGUCAGGAUUAUUACAAUGAACCUUGUAAAGGCUGUGAGACAACAAGGAUGAGAGCCUUAAAAGCACUUUAGACCAACCAAAAGCUGGUUGAUCACAUCAGGCUUCUACUUCCCAGUGAGGAGCUCAGCUAAAUUAUACUAACGUGCAAUUUUCUGUUAUGUAAAUUGGUGUAAAUCAGCACCUAAUACAUUUGAUGUAAAAGAGCAAGCAUUUUAUUGCAACAUUGUCCUCUGCUUGAUUUGGCUAAGCUGAUGUCACAGCCUGCUCCAUAGAAAAGAGGUAAGUUUGAAAAGCACUGGUGGCUGAACCAAAUCAUGAGUGUACCACAAAUUCUUUGCUUAAGUAAUCAAGUUUUGUAAGAUUAGAUCUCCAUACAAACGAUAAGUUUUCUCCUCACUCAUUUGCAACACUGGGAAUAUAAUGUUAUUUCUUCAGAACAAUGUCUGGUCAUUAAUUCUCAAAAUAAAAAUGAUAUGUAUUUUUUUAAAUUAGUUGCAGUUCAUUGCAACUUGUUGCUGCAUUCAAUUUUAACUAUUUAUAUGGCAUCCUGCUUAAUCAUGUUGUGUCUCCCUGUCCCAAAACUUAGCUCUUAAGUAUUUUAAAGUCAUUAAUCUUCUCUAUUUAUUUUUAUGUUUUCUCGCUAGAUAUUUUCAGUGACAAAAACUAAAUGCCAGUCAAUUUUUAUAUGCCUAAAGUGUUGGUCUGUAUUUUCUAUGUGCAGUUUUAAUGAAAUCACAUGGGCCUGUUCGAUCUGCCUUUACAUCCUAGUGGAUAAGGAAGACCAAAUUGAGUCCAAAUGGGACCUGAUCCCACGCUCUGGAUCUACAGAAAAAUCCCAUUCAAGAUGACAGUGUUGUUCUGGCAAGGCUGAGGUCUGUGUCCUGUGUCUAAUGUGUGCUUUUUCUCCCUGCUGACCUUUAUACUUUUGGAAAGCCCUCUUGGAUCAGUGUCAUUUCUGGAAAGGGAGGAUUCCAGCCAUAGGCAACUUAUUUCAGGAGCAAAGAUUCAAUUCUUUACGCUCUCCUGAACUAAACCAGUACUUCAUGCAAACUUGAGUCUACCCUAUGGAAAGUUUAACCGUGGUAAAAUCAAAACCUCAGUCCUUGUGCAGAUGAAUUCCCCUGAAACCAAUGAGCGUCUGCCAGGAAAAGGGACUGACUGUAAACAAGGACAGUAAGACUCUCUCUUGAGUACGAUCAACAGGAGCUUUAACUACAUAAGCCAGUUGAGAAGACCAGGCCCUUAUUGACUGCCAUAUUUAAAACAUUUUCAGAGAAGCACAGUUAUUUUGAAAUUAUACAAGCAAAAGAAAUGCAAUUCUCUUUAUUAACAGAUGUUGUAUUUUUUUGAAAGCUUUAAAGCAAAAGGAUCAAGCUUUAGAAGUGCUUUUGUUGUAAUUUCAUUGAUUCGCUACAUACUUUUGACUAUGCUGAAUAUUAUUUCCAGAGUCAGGGGGUAGGACAUUUGGUAUUUCCAGUCUUGGCUGCAUACAUGGGAUACAGUCCUGCAUACCUAGCUCAUGAAUAACUCCUGAUCAAAAUAUUUACUUGACUAGUUGCAGGACUGGAUCUGGAUGUGCUGCACUACAGCAUGUGCAAGAAGUGCAGUCCAGGACCUCUUCAUUCAUCAAGAAUAUCAAUUGCUAUGUAGCAAAUUAUGCAAACUACCUGAGUAUAUUUUUCUGCUUUUCUAAAAUUUCAAAGCCAUUUCAGACCUAUUAUCCAUUUGCCACACUAAGGGGAGGGUAUUUUCAGUCCCAGAGUCAGCCUCCAACAGUUGUGGAAUUUUCAAACAACUUAAGGAGUCCUGAGACAAAGUUACUCCCCUGUGCGUCUGAGAGGAGUCUGACUCUUCAUAUCGUUGGAAAAUGAAGAUUGUUCAGGGAGACAGCUUUGCAAUCAGUCUAUUUUUUACAUUUUAUACUAACUGCAGAAUCCUGAAUCAAAGUUGUAAUUAAUUUUCAAUGAUGAAACCAAAUGAACACGUUUAAAUGAUGCUCGCAGAGUAAUCAGAACAGUUUUUGAGUAAAUAGUAACAUGAAUUCAAAUGGAGGGUGGGGGGAAUCAUGUAUCGCACAAAUUGCAAAGUGAGUUCAUACAGGAAAGCUGUUUACAGGGGAAGCAUAUAAAGAAUGUAACAUGGUGUAGAAAGUUAUUGCACUAGGGAAUUUAUACAAAAUACGUUUUUUAAACAAAAACACAAAAGGCCUUUUAAUGCUUCAAUGUCUAGAAUAUAGGAGCUUCUGUGCUAAUGCAGAAAUCUAAUGCACUGUGUCCUCGCCUCAGAAUUGGUCUCAAAAUCCAAACAUUAGUGAUGUCAAAGAGGUGAUAUCUGAUCUAACACUAGAGCAACUUAAAGAGCUGUUUCUUUGUAGCACAAGGUUAUGCAGCCAAAAGCAUGUACAGAAAAUAGCAUUUUCGCCUUUAACGUGUACAAAUCACAGUGACAAUUGGCUUCUUGAUAUUUCCAUAACACCUGGCCAUAUUUCUGUGUUCCUUGCUCACUUCUCUAAGCGAUAAACAACUUGUUCAUUUAAAACUAGGUUUCUUCCUCUGCGUAUAUCCUGAGCUUAGAUCUGUUUCAAACAAGGUUUACCUUCAAAUCACCUAAUUAACUCCUUCACUCUCAUCCCUAAAGCACAGUUCAGUACAAAUGCUACUUGUCUUUUUCAACUCCUACUGCAAACGCAGUCAGUCUGGUAAAAAUGUCCAGGGCCUACCUAACCAUUUUUUUUCAUUCGUAUGAUUUGGGGGUCAAUUCAUGCUCCCCACCCCCCCCCCCAAAAAAAAAAAACCUUUGAAAAGUAAAAAAGAAGCAAGGAAUAUAUAUAUAUAUAUAUUUCAAAUUAGCACAGAUCAAGCAGGAAAAGCAUUUACAGCAAAGAGGGAAGAAAGACAGAAAACCGUAAGUAAACAAGGCAUGCUUUAAUACACUAUAUAGAGAUAUAAUUAAACAUACAUUGAUCAUACUCAUUGAAACAAAAGUGCCAGCAAAAGUUAAUUUCAGACCUACCCCAUCUUAAAUUUUAACAUGCAGCAAACAGGUUUCUACUGAAAUUUUCACUGAUGUUGUUACCCAGUUGCUUAACAGAAACAUCUGAUCUGUAAUUGCUUUUCAAAAGACUUAAAAAGAAGAUACUCUGCAUACUUAUCGUUGUUGAUGUUUGGAUCUGUUCCCCCUGCCCUCCAAGCACAAACUUGCUGCUCUGCCUGGGAGCCAUCAGAAAACAAACACGAUAGAUGUGUCUUGUUCUUCAGGGAAGUAUUUUUGUGCUCUGAUGCAAAUGGCCAGAUAGAUAGUAACUCUUGGAGUCCAUUUAUUGUGUUUGAACUGACGGACAGGCAGAACAGUAUCCUUUCAUUUCUGUUACUGUUGCAGCCAAACCCUCUCACAUCUUUACAAGUUUUCCAGCUUUAAAAUGCUCUGUCUUCUUUGGUGUGCCCCUCAUCCUGCCAGAUGUUUCAAUGCAUUUGUUCAGUGCUUUUGAAGAGCUUGCUUUGCUAAAAGCAGUUUUUAAUUCUCUAUUACAUUGAUAGCCAUCAGUAUUUUUGCCUUUUAUCCAAUUCAUUCUUAUUAAUAAUGAUAUUCAGUUUAAACUCUGGCUGAAAUGCUUUCAUACUGUGAAACAGAUCAGGUGUUCUGGGAACCAAAUCCCUUGAAGCUCUAUGAGCAGAUUUUUGCUGGCAGUUUCCUCACUAAAGAAAGGUCAGAUGACUGGCAAGCAUAGACAGAACUGUAUGCAUCAUGCAAUGGUUUCUUGCUCAGUAAUCAUAUUCCAUGUUACUUGACAGAUGGAGUAAAACAGACAUCCUUGUAUUUCUUACAUUUAAGUAAUUUUUUUUAAUGUUUAUUUUUUUAAAAAUGUUAAAUAUUUAAGUCUUACCUUUUAGCUGCAACGGAGAUCUCUUCCAAAACAGCAGCAGUACCUCAUAAGCCCAUAUUAUUAUUGAUUGCUAUUUAGUUCUCUUUUAUGACACCUAGCACAAACCCAGGUGGAUCUCACUGUAGAACAACGAAGUAGCACAAGAAUAUUAUUGACCUAUUUAAUUAAUAGCUAAAAAACAUUUAAUUUGAAAGAUAAGAUUAUCUUAAUUAUACCUGUGAACCAAACUGGGUGUUGAUGUCACUAUGCUAGACAUCGACUGUAGACCUGUGAUUAAUGUAAAGCCUGAAUCUAAGAGCAAUCUGGGUAAUUAAUUCCAUUUUAUCACUUUAGUUAAUAAAUUUUUACCUCAAAUAUAAAUAUGGUAUGAAUAAAAACAAAUGUCUGUGCAAACAGCUAAGCAGUGAUGGAAGAUCAGAAGCCUUAGUAUUCCUUCCCAUCUAUCAUGCCUUGGUAUCUUUCCAUUUAGAUGUCAGUUGGAAUUGUUUUGAGCUGCAAGUCUAGAGAGAUUCAAUGGUGUGCUUAGUUGCUCUGAUCUCUAGGCCAUAUCUUGUAAAAGGUAUUUGAAGAAACAGUCUAUUUCUUAUUCUAUUGCUUUUAUGAUUGCAAGGUUAAGGGCAUAUGUUCUAUAUUGAUAUUUUGGCUCUAUGUUUUGCUCAGAUAGCAUCUCUCAGUGGAGGUUCAAAAUACAAAACAUGUAUGCCUACUCUUGAAGUCCUUAAGCAGAAAGCCAAUGGGAAUUCUGCCUGUGUAAAACUGAAGGAAGGAGCAAUAUAUUACAGCUUUAGGCAAAAGGAAGUUUCUAACACAUACUGCAAAAUGAAAAAAGAAAUCCAUCUGCUAGGAUGCAGACUUUGGAUUUAUACCUCUGAAUUUUCAAAGUUAUGCAUUUUUACCUAUGUAACUCUCAAAAGUCAAAGGAGCCAUGCUGAUAAGCUGAAACAUGGAGGGACUGGUGUACAAAGAACCCGAGAGUUGAACACACAGCCUAUUGCUUUAAGAUCACUGUAAAUACCAAUUAAAUAUGUACUAAUUCACGUUUAUAAGUUAUUACGGUGUUAGUUUCGUAGAUCCAGUAGCAUGACUAUUAUUAGUUCUGUUGAGUUGAUGAACUUUACUUUGUAUUCCUCUGUGAAUGCUCUGAAUGCUGCAAACAAAAAAAAAAAAACAAAAAAAACAAAAAAAAGCACAACAGUAUUUUUCAAGUUCUCUUGGCGCAAUAGCAGUGUCUUCACUACUGUUCAAUUUUACAGAAUUAGCAACAUUUCAGCAUAAACUGCUCUGUUGACGACGUACCUUUCUUUUAAUGAACUGUCACUAGGAGAUAAAAGCAUAUGUGAUAAGUCUUGUCUAAACUCAUUCAUCUGCCUUUACAAAAUGCCCCAGACGUUUUGUGGGAGAAUAUGCUGCUUUUGCUUCACGCAUUGUUUGUAUUUGGGGGUGGGGCAGGGAAAUAAUAGGGCAUUUUGCAAUGGUAAUUGCAUCAAACACGUGUUUUUUUUUCAUUAUUAUUGUAUUUGUUAGAAACAUUUGGAUUUAAUUUCUUUUCGUAGAUAACUGUUUGUCAAUAGCUUUAUUUUUUCAGCUCACCAUCUGAUCCCAGUAGAAUAAUAACUUCUCAUAUUUAGUGGUAUUUGUAUCAAUGUCUCCAUAUCAGCUGCAUUUUAACUUCAUAACAAAGGAAAUGUGGUUAUUAUUUUUGUCAUACUAGAUUUUGCUGAUCAACUAAGUAUUUCUGCACCAAUCUACAUAUUAAUAUGCAUGUUGUAGUCUGUACAAUUGUUCAACAUCAAAAUAUGUUUAAUUUAUGUCAAAUGUCUGUAAAAUAAAUGCAUUGUUCUCCAUUUCAGUCUGAUAGAAUAAGCAGGAUAGUAAAUAAAUGUGUAAAUGAA